AUGGAUCGAAAAGAAGAAUAUAGUUUUAAACCAAAACUACAAGAAGUCGUACCAUCAACACGUUUUGGACAAGCAAUAGCAUCACUAUUUUUUUUAAAACGACACAAAAAACGAGAAGAUCAUGGUCGUGGACCUGUUGUAUCACGUCUUCGAGCACAAUCAACAUUACACAUAAAAUCAUCACCUAGCUGUAAUACAAUGCCAUUUGAAGUUUUAACACCUAGAAAAAUAUCAACAACACCACCACCUAUUCAAGUAUCGUCUUUUGAAUGA